AUAAUAAUUCCUACAGUUUCAAUAGGGACCUCGCGGCCCGACAUUGUCGGUGCUCGGGCCCUAAUUAUAGCUCUGGUUUAAAUAUAGGACUGUGACUUUACCAUACCUAACAAUUCAUACUGCCUGCCAUGAUACAGGGGUGUCAUGAGUCAGAUAUCAGUCUGUGACCUAUCAAAGAAAUGGGACAAUAUAAAUAAUAUAUAGGGCUCCAGUGUCUCACCUCUUCACCACGACAUCCUCUCUUUCUUCUCCCUCCUCUUCCUCCUCUUCCACCGUCCAUUUAAAUGCAGCCAGCUCAGUUAUUCAGAUCACGAUUUGAAGCUGUUUGAUACUUUGCCAAUAAAUUGUACUUAUUUGUAAUUCAGCAAAACGUCUCACUGGAUUGCACUACUGUAAACAAACGUGCAGCUUCCUGCACUUCCUGUUUAGUGUCAAAUGUUCGCCUGUAGGUGGCAAUGUGGCGCGCGGAGCUGCGGUGUCCCGGCACCACAGAAGAAGAAAAUUCCAAUUGUCCUGCAAGAAAAUAUCACUCAGACAAACAGCUGCUACAGGUAAGAAAAUACUCAUCAUACUUACGAGAAAUAUGACGUAUCGCAGCUCAGGGUGUAUGCUGUACAUUUCACGGUAACUCGAAGCUCAUGCCGAUAUAACCAAACAAUGAAAAAUGCGGUUGAUGGGGUGAAAAAAUCUGGAAUUGUACACAGAGACAGAGCUAAGUUUGCUAACUGGUGUUAGCAUAGUUGAGCUGGAGCUGCCUGUUGUUCUCGCUGGACAAUCUCGUUUUGCUGCUGUUUGCUAUAUUUGUUUUGAUCCUCACCUGCAUGCCUCUGGCUCUCUUCUUCGUGAUGAAGAGUGUUUAUCACCUGGACGAAGUGGCCAGUGGACUGAAGACGUCGGGCAUGUCACCAUGGAAACGUAACGUAACAAACGUCACCGGGAUGACAUGACUGAACUGUCAAUAAACAUCGUUUAAAGAGAGGAAGGAGCCCUACUUCCAGUGAUGGAGUUCCCUCAGCAUUCCCAGCAGCUGCUGUCAGCUCUGCGUUCCCAGCGCCAGCGGGGCUUCCUCUGUGACUGCUCCAUCGUGGUGGGCUCAUCCCGGUUCCUGGCUCACAGGGCUGUUCUGGCUUCCUGCUCGCCUUUCUUCCACAUGUUCUACUCAGACUCUCCAGGGGUCCUCGCUGGAAACGGCACCGGCAGCAGCUCCGUCACACUCGACAGCGACAUUGUCACGUCCGCUGCGUUUGCCUUGCUCUUGGACUUUGUCUACGAAGGCGUGCUGCAGCUGGGCGAGUCUCCGCCAGUGGAGGACAUAUUGGCGGCUGCAAGCUUCCUGCACAUGAACGAAGUGGUGAGAGUCUGCAAGAGACGGCUGCAGAGACGAGGGCCUCUCGCUGAGGCCGACAGCACUCGCUCUGAAGAGGGCGCUGGUGCGAGGAGGGCAACGGAGACGGGGAGGGAGGGUGGGGGUGACGGUGCCGCUGAGCCUGCGGUGGCCAUGGCAGGUGAUCUCAUGAAUCCAGUCGCCAUCGCAGCACCAUUCCCGUCAGUAUCCAUCAUGACGGGGAAAAGUCAGUUGGGGUCUGUGAAGUCUGAACGGAGGACAGGUGGGGGGUCGUCAGAAGCACGACUUCAUACUCCUCUGAGCCCUGACCUCGCUGAUACCACGCAGCCAGGCAUGGACGCCGCUCCUCUGCCUCCAGGCGGAGAGCGGGUGCCGGGCGUCAUCACAGGCCGGUCGGCCCCGGUUGCAGGAGGUCAUGCCAGGCUGGGGACUGGAGGUCAUGGAGAGGUGUCGGCACUCUGCAGCCCUUGCAGCACCACUGAGACAUACAGUUACUGCAGUAACCAGCAGCCCUCCUCCUCUUCUUCCUCCCUGGUGCCAGUGAGUCAGGCUAGUGGUCGGUCAGUGGUUGCUUAUUCCCAGUCAGGAUCCGCCCUCUCCCCUAGCCCACAGCAGGACGUACCCCGACUGACACGUCAUGACUCUGUCAGGAAUCCCUUCGACGCUGGCCACGGAGGGACAAAAGGUGCAGGACAACAGACGGUCACGUUAUUCCAAGCAUCAGCACGAACCUCACAAAACCCAACGCACUCAGUGCCACAGAUCCGAAUACAGAACGCCGUGUCGCUCCAAUGCCAAAGCUUGGACUUCCACUCUGCUCCUCAGACCCAAACCCUUAAGGGGCCUGAGGGGAAUAUGACAGCUUCGCCCACCACUAGAAUUGAAAGAUCUCACCCUCCUAUGGGCAGAGUGAGGACAGAGUACAAUGACGGAGAGAAUUUGAAAGUCAAAGUGGAGGCCAUUGUUAUAUCUGACGAAGAGCUGGAGGAGGAGAAAGAGGAAAGCAGAGAGAGAGAAUCAGUGAUGGAAGUAGACGAUGAGUUUGAAGAAGAAGAGGAGCUGCACAGUCCUCAGUUUCUCUCUUCCCACCCACAGGGCAUCUUACAAAUGACCUCCCAUUCAAAUGACUACUCCUUCCCCCUCUCUCCCUCCUCUUCGUCCUCCGGUGCCGGCCCUUCCUCCCAGGACACUUCCUCCUUCGCCCACAUUCCUCCGUCCACAGCUCAGCAGCAUUCAGACCCUCCAUCCUACUUCCAGGACUUCCAGGACUCAAUGGGGAACUUUGUAGAGGACGUCCCCACGUGUGGAGUCUGCGGAAAGACUUUCUCGUGCACAUAUACACUAAGGCGCCACGCCAUUGUGCACACGCGUGAACGUCCUUAUGAGUGCCGCUACUGCUACCGGAGCUACACGCAAUCAGGCGACCUGUACAGACACAUACGGAAAGCUCACGACCACACGCUGCCCGCCAAACGCAGCAAGGCAGACAUGGAGCCCUCCCUGCCACCACAACCACCACCUCUUAGCUAACACACACACACACACACACACUGUUGUAUUUCUAUACUCAUGCACACAUAAUUCUUCAUUUAAAAUUACAAACAGACUACAACAUGCAGAGAUGAGCUGGUAUUAAACAGCCAUCUCAGUUGUUUUCAAAAGUGCCUUAACGGCGCACCAUUUAAUAAUAUUCGUCUCAAACAUGACCCAUAUGAGAUGAAUGGUUGUGAUUGGCCCAGAAGCAUCUGCCAGAGCAAAAAAAAAACACGAGAGCUCGCAGAUGUCUUUUUCCCCAUGAGUGCAGAAAUAGCAGAAUUCACACACACACACACACACUCACAGAGUAAACACCAGCGAAGUGGCAGUGAUACCACUAGUCAUUCAUCAUACUAACACGCUUAAUGUUCAUGUGUGACUGUCUCCUUAGAACCCUCAAACUUAUCGGAUUUUUUGCUAUUUUGCUACUCUUCAAAAAUGUAGCAGAGAUUUUACAAUUUAGGUUUGUAAUUUUUUAAUACCUUCAUCAUUAUUCAUAAGUAUAAAAAUGAUUUAAAACCUUUGUUGUACGACGAUGUUCAAAAGAGUUUCAACAAGAUAUGUGACAUCCUACACUUACUGUGUUAUAUUAACUCAAAAUGCAAGUAAGGGAACGCUACUGUGUUCAGGAUUUUAUUAGUUACACAAAUUGUAAUUCGUAUGACUGCCUUUUCAGUGUGUGACCAGCAAAAUUUGACAGAUUGUAAAUGAAGUAGCGUUGUACUGUCUAGUGUUUUGUUUACAGGAUGAAACUAUCAAAGCAGAUACCUGCACCAAUUCUACAAUUAGAAUCAGAGUGUGCCAUUUUAUAACUUGUAAUACAAGCUUUUUCUUGCAUCAGUUUUAAUGAAGCCACUUCAUCAACAGCAGAUGGAUACAGUUUAUUAAAGAGAAUAUUAACUGUGCCAAAAGGUCUUUUCUCUGUCUCCUGUAAUCACUACAGUAGUAAUUACUGCAGUAAGAAGUAUUUGAUUAGGAAUAAUUCCUAAGUGAGGUAGCUGACCCAGAAAUGUCAGUGGCAGCCAAAUAAACCGAUUCAUUUUAUAUGACCACCAAUUUAUACAUUUCCAGGAUUUACAUGAUUGUACUGUAAAUUUGGUCAGAUGAUUUUAGCACUGUGGCUAUCUUGUUGUUCUUAUAAUCUUGCCACAUAUUUCAUUGACUUUGUUUAGCAUUCUCAAUCAGGGUCAAUUCAAAGUAGUGAGGAAUGGAAAACAGGUUUGAUUGUUCAGCUACUCAUGGUACGUGGUAGUAUUGCAGUGGAAGUGAGAAUGGAGUAAGUCAGGUUGGGGAUCCACCCUUUGUGUGUUUGGCUUUUCUUAUUGCCCAUGUGACCUUACCCCCUGUAGUGUUUUUCCUGUAAUGUGACGAACAGUAAGAGCACACACACAGUAAUUAUAUUUUGUAUACUCAGAAGGGACGGUUGAGUCAGUGAUCAUUUCAUCCUCAUGUCAUGGUGUGCAAAAUCUAAAUGUUACUUUGUGAAUAAACACUGUGUUCAAAAGAAACAAAGUGAACAUGUUUCGAUGAAUCACAUAAUCGCACAGGUUGGUCAGUUUUUUUAUUUCACUACAAAAGAACAUACAAAAAUAUAAAACAUCACGUCUAUUACUCAGUAAUUGUAACACAGUAACACUGAAGUCAUUAGCAUUUGUCUGACUGUAGCCAGUAUUCAGCAAAAUGUACGUUUCACUCGUGACCUCUGAGCAGAACGUUUUCUCUCUCCUCAGUCUUCUACUGUACCGUGGAUCUGUGAAGAGACAACAUAUCAUUGUCCACCUACAGAUCUGUCUGUGUCCUUGUAUUUCUGACCAAACUAUUUUCUAAUAAAAUAUUGUUGUCAAUGAAGCUGCUUUUGACAGUAUUUGUUAAACUGAAGAGAAACUAUAAAAACAUUGUUCCAACAGCACAUGUACAACCCACACAUCUAUUUUUAAAUGAAUAAUAUUGUAUCUAUAAAUCAUACAGAUUAUUACACGUGGACUAGGUUGUGACAGGAAGACACGCUGAAUUAAACUGUUAUUAGGCUGUAGAAUUAAU